CUCUGGGGUGGGACUCAGCAAUCUGUGUUUCAGCCCUGGGCAGAUUAAGCCCUUCAGAAGAUGUGGAUGUUUCCUUGAGUUUAAGAACCAUGGUUCUAAAAUUUUACAACAGGAUGAUUCAUCAAUGCAAGGAAUUAGUGUAACAGGGACCCGAGAUGACAAUAAGGUAGUUUGUUAUCAAGAGCAUCAGGCAUUUUCAAGAUAACGCGGCCUGCAGUGGGUGACUGGUGAUCCCCAAAAGAUACGUCAACAUCCUGGAAACUGUCAAUGUGACCUUCUUUGGAGAAAUGAUUUUUGCAGACGUAAGUAAGUUAGGCAUCCUGUGAUGAGAUCAUCAUAGACUUUCUAGGUGAGUCCUUAAUCCAGUAACAACUGUCCUUAUUGGAGACACAAAGGAGAGGCUGGGAGCAGAAGACACGUGAAGAUGAAGACAGAGGCUGGAGUGAAAACAAAAACGGAGGCUGGAGUGAAGAUGAAGACGGAGGCUGGAGUGAGGAUGAAGAUAGAAGCUGGAGUGAGAAUUAAAAUGGAGGGUGGAGUGAAGAUGAAGAUGGAGGCUGGAGUGAAGAUGAAGAUGGAGGCUAGAGUGAAGAUGAAGAUGGAGGCUGGAGUGAAGAUGAAGAUAGAGGCUGGAGUGAAGAUGAAGAUGGAGGCUGGAGUGAAGAUGAAGACGGAUGCUGGAGUGCAGAUGAAGACGGAGGCUGAAGUAAGGAUGAAGAUAGAAGCUGGAGUGCAGAUGAAGACGGAGGCUGGAGUGAGGAUAAAGAUAGAGGCUGGAAUGAAGAUGAAGAUGAAGGCUGGAGUGAAGAUGAAGAAGGAGGCUGGCAUGCAGAUGAAGAAGGAGGCUGGCGUGAGGAUGAAGAUAGAGGCUGGAGUGAAGAUGAAGAUGGAGGCUGGAGUGAGGAUGAAGAUGGAAGCUGGAGAUGAAGAUGGAGGCUGGAGUAAGGAUGAAGAUGGAGGCUGGAGUGAGGGUGAAGAGAGAGGCUGGAGUGAAGACGAAGAGAGAGGCUGGAGUGAAGAUGAAGAUAGAGGUUGGACUGAAGAUGAAGACAGAGACUGGAGUAAAGAUAAAGAUGGAGGCUGGAGUGAAGAUGAAGAUAGAGGCUGGAGUGAGGAUGAAGAUAGAGGCUGGAGUGAAGAUGAAGAUGGGGUUGGAGUGAGGAUGAAGAUAGAUGCUGGAAUAAGGAUGAAGAUGGAGGCUGGAGUGAAGAUGAAGAUGGUGGCUGGAGUGAAGAUGAAGACAGAGUCUGGAAUGAUGCUGCCACAAGCCAAGGGACACCUAAAGCCAGAAAAUGCCAGAAAAGGCAGCAGAUCCUUCCCUAGAUCCUCCAGUAGGAACCAAUUCUGUAGUGUCUCACAGUCCUGGAGGUCAGAAGCCCCAAAUCAACAUUUCUAUUGUUUUAAGCCACCACAUUUUGGAUAAUUUGUUACAGUAGCUCCAGGAAAUUAAUGCACUGCCAGACUUUGUAUACAUGUGGGCUCCUCGUCAUGUGAACCUCAAGAAUGGCUACAUCAUCAGGGACCAUUUUAUAACUAACAGCGAAUGGGAUGAAAAACACUGUUCCCAGGGUCACUGUAUGCAAAGGAGCCUGCACAC